AUGGACGAGACGGCUGGGGCAGGGAACGCAACGGAUGAUACAAUAGUAUGUUACGCCCCGACUAUGAUAACGACGAAUGGGAUCUGGCAGGGUGAUAAUCCAUUGGAUUAUUCUUUGCCACUUUUCAUUUUGCAAUUGACAUUAGUUGUUGUUACGACGAGAAUUCUUGUUUUUCUCCUCAAACCUUUUCGCCAGCCUCGUGUCAUUUCUGAGAUCCUUGGUGGUGUAAUCUUGGGGCCAUCCGUGCUAGGACGAAGUGCCAAAUUCGCAAACAUGGUAUUUCCUCUUAGAAGUGUAAUGGUACUUGAGACAAUGGCCAAUGUAGGGCUUCUUUAUUUCCUCUUUCUAGUUGGAGUAGAAAUGGACAUUGCUGUUAUUCGGCGCACGGGCAAAAGGGCCUUGGCUAUGGCAAUUGCCGGUAUGAUAUUGCCCUUUUUGAUAGGCGUUUCGUUUGCCUUCAUGUUGCAUAAAGAAGCACAGCUUGUAAAACUCGGAACUUUUAUACUUUUCCUUGGAGUAGCACUUUCUGUUACUGCUUUUCCAGUGCUUGCACGAAUCCUAGCAGAGCUAAAACUUCUUAACACGGAGAUUGGAAGAAUUGCCAUGUCUUCGGCACUUAUUAAUGACAUGUGUGCAUGGAUUCUAUUAGCUUUUGCCAUUGCAUUGGCUGAGAAUGAUGUGAAGUCCUUGGCUUCAAUUUGGGUGAUUAUGUCAAGUGUAGCCUUUGUUGCUUUUUGUGUAUAUAUAAUUAGGCCUCUAAUAUCAUGGAUGAUAAGACGAAUCCCGGAAGGCGAAUCUGUUAGCGAAUUCAGUAUAUGUCUAAUUCUUACUGGGGUUAUGAUAUCUGGUUUUAUAACAGAUGCUAUCGGAACACAUUCUGUUUUUGGAGCUUUUGUUUUUGGCUUAAUUAUUCCAAAUGGGCCAAUUGGUAUAACCCUUAUAGAAAGACUCGAAGACUUUGUUUCAGGGCUUCUUCUACCGCUUUUCUUCGCCAUUAGCGGCCUCAAGACGAACAUUGCUACAAUAACUGGAAUUGGCACUUGGGCCAUUCUAGCGCUCGUGAUUGUUCUGGCUUGUGUUGGCAAAGUUGCAGGAACUCUACUUGUCUCUCUCUACUACAAAAUGCCAUUUAACGAAGGUGUUACACUUGGUUUGCUCAUGAACACUAAAGGCCUUGUUGAGAUGAUUGUCCUUAAUGUUGGAAAAGACCAAAAGGUUCUUGAUGAUAAAUCUUUCGCGAUAAUGGUAACAGUAGCAGUAAUUAUGACGGCAAUUAUCGCACCAAUUGUGACGAGUAUAUACAAGCCGGCAAGGAAAACUGCGCGUUAUAAAAGAAGAACAAUCCAAAGAUCGAAACCCGAUGGAGAGUUUCGGGUACUUGCUUGCAUUCACACACCGAGAAAUGUUCCAACAAUCAUCAAUCUCCUAGAAGCUUCCCAUCCGACGAAAAAAUCUCCAAUUUGUAUAUAUGCACUCCACCUUGUUGAACUCACAGGGCGUGCUUCUGCCAUGCUUAUUGUCCACAACACACGGAAAUCAGGCCGGCCGGCACUUAACCGGACUCAAGCACAAUCAGAUCAUAUCAUUAAUGCAUUUGAGAAUUUCGAGCAGCACAUGGGGUGUGUAUCAGUUCAACCCCUCACUGCCAUAUCCCCUUAUUCAACUAUGCAUGAAGACAUUUGCAAUGUGGCAGAGGAUAAACGUGUUUCCUUCAUUAUCAUUCCUUUUCACAAACAACAAACUGUUGAUGGAGGAAUGGAAUCGACUAAUCCAGCUUUUCGAACAAUUAACCAGAAUGUAUUAGCUAAUGCACCUUGUUCAGUCGGCAUUCUUGUUGAUAGAGGCCUCAGUGGAUCAACAAGAUUGACUGCAAAUCAAAUCAACCACCACAUAGUUGUAAUUUUCUUUGGCGGCCAGGAUGAUAGAGAAGCAUUAGCAUAUGCCUGGAGGAUGUGCGAGCAUCCGGGAAUCAAUCUCACUGUCAUGCGCUUUGUCCCAGGUGAACAAGCGUUCGAUCAUACCCAAAGUGGGCGUGAAAUAUUGACAGUGGUAACAGAUACCGAUAGAGACAAACAGUUAGACGAGGACUUCAUCAACGAGUUCCGAGCAAGAACUGUGAAUGAUGGUUCCAUAGUUUACACCGAGAAGGUGGUGAAUCAUGGAGAAGAGACUGUAGCAGCAAUCAGAUCAAUAGAUCCCAUUCAUGACCUUUUCAUAGUAGGUAGAGGACAGGGAAUGACAUCUCCUCUCACAGCCGGGCUUAUGGACUGGAGUGAGUGUCCCGAGCUUGGUGCAAUUGGAGAUUUGUUAGCAUCAUCGGAUUUUGCAUCAAUGUAUUCAGUUCUUGUAGUGCAACAAUACGUAGGAAUGGAUGUGCAUGGAGAUGCACUUGGCACGCCAGACAGCCCACAUCAGCAACACGACCACUUUGAGUUAUCUAAUAUAAACCGAAGGCCACCACCGAGAGGGCAAGCUAUAUUCCAACCACAACCUUAA